AUCCGCGGGGCCCUGAACGCGGUCAGGAGCCUCGUUGAGGAAAGCGAACGCGCUGGAAAGGGGCUGCCCCGGGCCGUCGUGACACACAGCAGCGGGAAUCACGGGCAGGCGCUCGCCUGUGCUGCCCAGGCAGAAGGGAUUCCUGCCUACGUGGUGGUGCCCAGAACAGCCUCGCGCUGUAAGCAAGCUGCUAUUCGCAGCUAUGGGGCUACACUGGUGCCGUGCGAGCCCAGUGACAAGUCCAGAGCCGAGACGGCAUCUCGUGUAGUCCAGGAGACAGGAGGAGUCAUGGUGCACCCCAACCAGGAGCCCGCAGUGAUCGCAGGGCAAGGCACGAUCGCCCUGGAGGUGCUGGAGCAGGCACCCGAGGUAAACGCAGUCGUGGUUCCCGUCGGAGGCGGAGGAAUGAUUGCAGGAAUAGCAGUUGCCAUCAAGGCUUUGAGACCAGAUGUGAAAGUGUUUGCUGCUGAGCCACGCAACGCCGAUGACUGUUACCGGUCCAAGGUAAGGGGGGAACUGACCCCCAACCCUCACCCGCCGGAUACCAUCGCAGACGCGGUUAAAACCAGCAUCGGACCAAACACGUGGCCCAUCAUCAGGGAUCUGGUGGAUGACGUCCUGACGGUCUCAGAGGAAGAAAUCAAGCGAGCCACGCGGCUGGUGUGGGAAAGGAUGAAGCUGCUGAUUGAGCCAACCGCGGGCGUGGGAGUGGCGGCCGUGCUCUCGGAACGCUUCCAAGCAGUCCCCCGGGAUGUGCAGAACGUUUGCAUCGUGCUGUGCGGGGGAAACGUGGACCUGAGCUCCCUGACCUGGCUCACAGACCUCCCUGGGAAAGCGGAAUGA